AUGCGUUACAUGAAUCCACAUGUGGUGGAGUGGCUAAAUGAUGCAUUGAAUGUGAACGUUACCGUCCUCAUCAAUUUUGGUAUAGCCUUGUUUGCAGUGGUGGCAGCCCUCCGCUCAACAUGGGCGUCGCUGUAUGCCUACGCUGAGAGUAUCUGUUUGACAACCGUCUACGUUAAAGAAGAAGACCCUCUGUAUCACGAUAUUCUCCUUUGGAUGGACGAACAUGUGUUCCAACAUCGGAAUUUCCGGUCUGUCACGGCAGUCACAUCAAAGCAGCUCGAAAACAAGAAUGCCAUGAAUACACGCAUCGCGGCAGAUAGCCAUGGCAAACAUGGUUUGUCAGAUACCACUUCCUCCAUACAGCUCAAGCCCUUUCAGGGUUCUCGCCUGUUCAGAUUCAACGGCAAAUGGAUCCUAUUCAGCCACUCGGCUUCUCGUACCAGCAGCGUCAGUAAGAUCUUAUUGGAAAGCGACGAAGAUAAGGUACCACUGAAGCUGCAAUGCUUCAGCUUCUCUCUGAAUACCCAACAUCACUUCUUGUAUGAGGCAGCGGCCUAUAGACGCAAAGUCUCCAUGUCCAACGUCACUGUUCACCGCGCUCUCACCACUCCGCGAGGAGACUUCCGCUGGAGACGCAUCACCUCCCGGCCCCGUCGGGAUCUCUCAACUGUUAUCCUGGACCAACGGAAGAAACAGGCGCUCCUGAAUGACAUCGAAGAGUUUCUCCACCUGCGCAUAAAGCAGUGGUAUGCUAAUCACGGCAUCCCAUACCGCCGCGGCUAUCUAUUCUCCGGGCCCCCUGGAACGGGAAAAACGAGUCUGGCUUCUGCGAUCGCGGGUGCUUUUGGAUUAGACGUUUACGUUCUGAGCUUGAUGGAUUCUGGCAUGACCGAGUCCCACUUUAUGCGUCUGUUCUCCGAGGUUCCUGAACAAUGUGUUGUGCUGUUGGAGGAUAUCGAUGCCGCGGGAGUGACCACGGCCAGAGACAUAGAUACUCUUCCGGCAGAGAAGCAGAAUACCAAUGGCUUAUCAAAGGAUGGCGAGGAAUCGCAAAGACUCACGAGAAGACGAGAGGAUAUUACCACCACAAGGCUAGUAACAUCACCCAACAGUGCUUCCUCGCAAAUAUCCCUCUCUGGGCUGCUGAACGCCAUCGACGGGAUCUCUUCACAUGAGGGCCGGAUCUUGAUUAUGACGACCAACGCGCCGCAAGCUUUGGAUCGCGCGCUCAUACGCCCUGGGAGGGUUGAUCUGCAUAUUCAGUUUGAGUUGCCCUCGAGGGAGGAGCUACGCGCACUGUUUUUGAGCAUGUAUAGUGACUUGGACAUCGAGGAGGAAGGUUACCUUUUGGGCGUUGAUGAGAAGAGCAAAGGAGGUGCUCCCUUGGACGAACUUGCAGAAGACUUUGCCGACAAAUUACCAGAGCGGCAGUUCAGUUUGGCUGAAGUCCAGGGCUUUCUUUUGCAGCAUAAAAAGAAGCCCGCUGAGGCUUGCUCCCAGGUCCUGGAGUGGCUUGCAGAAAGGGUAGAUGAGGACGAGGGGGCCACCUCGUAA